AUGAGGAAAAAGUUAGCCAAGACGGGACAGGCAGAAUACAACUACAUCACAGAGGACAACAGAGAAAUCACUAAUGAGGAAGAAACCAAAUCCCACAUAGCAAACUACUACAAGGACCUAUACCGAACAAGAGAAGAACUGGACCUGAGCCGACUGGAUGGGGAUACCGUGUGUCCUCCAAUGAGAAGUGGACAGGAUGACCUUCCAGGUUUUGAUCUGAUCACCCAGUUCCAGCUGGAUGUGAUCCCACUGAAAGGUGUGAGGAAGGUGGACGGUUCCACUUCCCUACAGGUGGCGUACCGGCUCGACAGGGAGGCCAACUUCCAAAUUCCAACUAUGCUGAAUUUCCCUCGUGGCUUCCCUGAUGAAUACUCCUUCAUGGCGACCUUCCGUAUGAUCAAGAACACAGUGAAUAAGGUGUGGAACCUUUGGCAAAUAGUGGAUGAAGAUGGUCACAAACAAGCUGGGGUGAGGCUGAACGGGGAUCAGCAGGCUCUGGAAUACUUCCUGAUGGGCGACGAUGGGAACCUGCAGACCGUCACCUUCCCGGGCCUGUCCGUGCUCUUCAACACCAAGUGGCACAAAGUGAUGAUCGGAGUGGAACGCGACCAGGUCACCCUGUAUGUGGAUUGCCAGCCGGUAGAUCGGAAACCCAUCAAGGGCAAAGGCCCGGUCAACACAGAGGGUGAUACUCUUAUUGGCAGGCUGGAAGCUGAUCCUGAAACCUCUGUUGUGUUUGAACUCCAGUGGAUGUUGAUCCACUGCGACCCAAAGAGAGCCCAAAGAGAGAGCUGCAGUGAGCUACCAUCCAGAUUGUUACCAGCACAACCCAACAAAUCAUUGCAAGGCCCCCCAGGAGCCCCAGGACCAGAGGGUCCACGAGGCCCCACAGGAGAAGACGGCAGAGAUGGAAGAGAUGGUCUUCCGGGGUCUCCUGGCAGUCCAGGCUCUCCUGGCAGCAAAGGGGAACAGGGGGAGAUUGGUCUUCCUGGACAGCGAGGACUGCCAGGUCUUCCAGGAUCUGCUGGUCCCAUUGGCCCGAUGGGGCCCAGAGGACCUGUUGGGGAGAGGGGACUUCCUGGCUUUCCUGGACCUGCAGGUCCACCAGUAAGGUCCAGUGACUGA